GACGGCCAAAUUGUCCAAUUAGAGUGAUACGUGCAAUCCUCAGAACCAAUAGUAAAGACGUUAGCUGUAUAUGGGGGCGGUGCGAUGAUGUUUGACUUAACUUACUAUGGCCGCCGUCAGCCGUAGCAGAUACUGGCGGGACUCUAAAUCAAAAUCCAUUUUAUUUCCCCCGCGUAAUAUGACGUCUUUGAAUCUAUUGUUUUCCUUUGUCAUUUGCAUUUUCACUAUCGGACACUGUUCCGGCGACGAUGACCACGAAAUGGAGGAAUUCUUGAAACGGGAGUAUUCCCUGACCAAGCCCUAUCAAGCUGUGGGAUUUUCAAGUUCCUCCCACUGGGAACUGAUGGGCGAUGCUAUGGUAACCACUGAACAGGUGCGACUCACACCUGACAUGCAGAGCAGACAGGGGGCGGUAUGGAGUCGACUUCCUUGUCAUCUGAGCGACUGGGAAAUGCAGGUACACUUCAAGAUUCACGGAAAAGGAAAGAAGAACCUCAAUGGUGAUGGUUUGGCAAUUUGGUACACUAAGGAGCGCAUGCAGAAAGGUCCUGUAUUUGGGAAUAAGGAUAACUUCACUGGAUUGGGAGUUUUUGUGGACACAUAUCCCAAUGAGGAGAAACAGUUAGAGGCACAAAAGAAGAGAUACACUCCAAGCACACAGAGGAUAUUCCCCUUCGUUCUCGCCAUGGUGGGCAACGGCACCAUUAGCUACGACCACGAACGGGACGGCCGGCCUACCGAGCUGGGGGGCUGCAACGGCAUGGUGCGCAACCUGAAGCACGACACAUUCCUCUUCAUCCGAUAUGUCCGCCGCAGGCUGACGGUGAUGAUUGACAUUGACGGUCAACACGAGUGGAGGGACUGCCUGGAUUUGCCUGGAGUGCGGCUCCCGAAAGGCUUUUAUUUUGGUGCAACAGCAAUUACAGGAGACCUUUCAGACAACCAUGACAUCAUCUCUCUGAAACUCUACCAACUGACGGUGUUGCGUAGUAAACAAGAAGAGGAAGAACAGGAGGAGGAAAUCACAAUACCCAGCGUGGAUAACAUGGAGCUUCUCAGAUUGGCUCAGACUCAGGAGGGAAUGAGCGGACUGGCUAUUUUCUUCACAGUUCUCUUCUCCAUGCUGGGCUGCAUCUUCCUGGUGGUUGUCGGUCUACUACUCUAUGGUCACUGGAAUGAGAGCCGUCGCAAGCGCUUCUACUGAAGAGGCGAGUGGUUGGUGGAUAUGGGUUGGAGGAGCGACAUUAACUGCACUGAGUUCACACUGCUGCUGUCAAAUGAUGUGUUUUGAGAAUUUUUUUCAUGGAGUAGGAUCUGAUUCCUGACACAGGACUCGACCUUCUGAGUCACAUCGAACUUUUAAACUUUUUCCACUGUUGACUAGAGGUCCUGAAAGUUUUUUUGUUUUUUUUUCCCAAGGAACACCUCGCAUUCCAAUGCAUAAAGCUACCAUACGCGACUCUAGAUGCCAUAAGAAUUUAAAAUAUUGUUGAGAAAAGACUUUAGGGUAAGAAAAAAAAGAUGAAUAAGAAUACAAGACAAAACCCAGGGAGUUAGAAAAAAGAACAGAGAAGUUUUCUUUGAUUCGACUGUUAGCGAAAGGAACGGUGAGAGAAAUUCGGUCUCGAAAAUUCUGCAUUUUCAUUGUUUCGUAAGGUAGGAAUUCGAGGAAUUUUGCGAGCAUGACGUGAAGGGCUAGGGUUUUUUCUUUCAAACAUUUCACUGAAAUCUUUCUCUUUUUAAAAUUUGGUCUGUGAUUGACCCCGUCAAAUUUCAUUAUAGAGGGUAGAUAUGAUGUUAGAAAAUAUGAUUACCUCAAUAUUGAAUGCUUUUCAUAUUGCAUCCUUAAAAGCGAACCUGUCAUUUACACUUAGAAAAGAUAAUAUACCGUUACAAUCAACAAUAGGCAUCAUGUCCAUCCUAAUAACACGUACAUGAGUCGUGAACGUUUACUUUGUGGAAGAAUUCAAAAAUAAAAAAAACUUUGAUGGUCUCCCACCUGCUAACUGCUUCAGGUGCGAUUAGUUUACCGGUAGCUUUAUUGUGUCUCAUUGUCGAUUUGCUUAUCGACCUAAUUUGCAAGAGUUUUGCAAGGGUUGAUCAAAACAAUGGUGAUGGCGUAUCACAUGUAAAAGCUGUUGAAAUCUCCUGAAAGUUUUGUCCAAAAAUAUGUGCUCAGUCUUCAAGAUAUUGCAUUUUUAAUGAUAGUGAACUGAUCACAAAAUGUUUCCCUAUGUUACAGGGGUAUGAAAAAGUCUCUGAACCUUUUGCAAUUUCUCACAUUUCUGCAUAAAAUCACCAUCAAAUGUGAUCUGAUCUUUGUCAAAAUCACACAGAUGAAAAAACAGUGUCUGCUUUAACUAACUUUGACUUGGCCACUCCAGAACGUGUAUUUUGUUCUUCUGAAACCAUUCUGAAGUUGAUUUACUUCCGUGUUUUGGAUCAUUGUCUUGUUGCAGCAUCCAUCCUCUUUUGAGCUUCAACCGUCCUACAGAUGGCCUUAGGUUUUCCUGCAAAACAUCCUGAUAAACUUUUGAAUUCAGUCUUCCAUCAAUAAUUGCCAGUUGUCCAGGCCCUGAGGCAGCGAAACGGCCCGAAAUCAUGAUGCUCCCUCGAUGAAAUGAGGUGUUGAUGUUGGUGAGCUGUUCCAUUUUUCUUCCACACAUGAUGUUGUGUGUUACUCCCAAACAAUUCAACUUUGGUUUCAUCAGUCCACAAAAUAUUUUACCAAAACUUCUGUGGAGUGUCCAAGCGCCUUUUUGUGAACAUUAAAUGAGCAACAAUGUUUUUUUUUUAGAAAGCAGUGGCUGCCUCCGUGGAGUCAUCCCAUGAACACCAGUCUUGGCCAUGGUUUAACAUAUGUUCGCACAGAGAUAUGUCUUUAGCAGACACUCGUGGGUUCUUUUUUAUACCUUAUUUUCUUACCACUAUGAGUAUUCUGCGCUGAAGUCUUGGCAUCGUCUUUGGUGGACGGUCGCUCCUUGGGAGAGAAGCAACAGUGCCAAACUCUCCAUUUGAAGACAGCUUCUCUAACUGUCGAUUGAUGACCAUCCAGACUUUUAGACAUGGUUUCGUAUCCUUUCCCAGCUUUAUACAAAUCAACAAUCCUUGAUCGCAGGUCUACAGACAGCCCUUUUGACCGAGCCAUGAUGCACAUCAAACAAUGCUUAUCAUCAAGACAAUUCUAACCAGGUGUGUGUUUUAUAGUGGGCAGGGCAGCUUUAAACCACUCAUCAGUAAUUGGGCACACACGUGACUUAAAUUGUUUGGUAAAAAUUGGUUUCAAUUGCCCUCUAAGGGCCCAAGUACACCAGAUGCGUGAUCGUUGCGUUUCCAGUCCGACUCCGGUAAAUAAUGGCGCCGCAGCCAAUCCGUUCCCAUUAUAUCCUAUUGUUCAACGUAUACCGGCCGCGUCAGUGCUCCGGAUUGACUGCGAACCAACUCCGGCGUGCCACAUGCCCGCCGGAUGUUAUAGGCUAUUUUCUAUUGUUGCCGGACACGCAUCCGACAAAAUGGGCGGAGCUGGGCCUGACGUCAAAAGCCCAGGUGCCUAAUCACGGUUUAAACACGAGCGAAAAUGGAUGAUGAGCGCUUCAUCAUGGAGGUGGAACCUGGAAAGUCACAAAGUAAUAUACGAUGCAGCAGAUCGUUAUUAUAAGGACAGCAUUAAAAGUGAAGCUGCAAGGUGUCCUAUUAUGUGUGUUUUUCUGGCAAUGAUAUCAAACACACGAUGUGCUGACAACUUUGAGCGGGAAAAAAAAAAAAGCAGCGUAUCUGGAAGUGGUUCCACUGCAGAAAUUCUCGUGCCCGGCACACACACAAUGCCGGUUUGUAUACAGAGUCGAGGGGGAAAAGUACGAAAGAGAAUAAAGAGACACCCACAAGUUUCGACCUGGUGGUCUAUUCAAGACGUUUCUCUUUCUUUCCUACAUUUCACUUGACUCUUCAUAGAAAAAAACAACGCGGCCAAACUUCCGCUUAGCAAACGUUACAAUAUCAAUAUGCAAGGGAAAAAAUGUGCUCUCUCUCUGCUUCUCUCAUGUGUACAGACUCCGUGUGUUUGUCGUUGUUUUAAAUGGCACAUUAUCGCGCGCGAUCACGCGAGAGCUCACGAGGGGACGGUGUUGGCGGACCGCAGUCGGUAUGAUUUGCCUGUUUUUGACGUACUGCGUGGCACGCAGUCAACACUGAACCGGACCGGAACCGCAACGAUCAUGCAUCUGGUGUACUUGGGCCUUAAGUCUCCUUAGGCAGAGGGUUCACUUACUUAUUUUCCCCCCUUCUGUCAUUGUUUGCAUGCAAUCCUCAUUGAAAUAUGAAAAGUGAAUUAAGUAAAGUAAAGAAAAGUAAUAUCAUGAUUGUCCGUUCUAAAGAAGAUAGGGCAACUAUAUUUCCUCAGUUCUUUCUUGGCAAAAUAGCUAUGAAUAUUUGCAAUGAAGCUAAAUACCUCGGCCACUUCAUAUCUGAAGACUUGUCGGAUGACAGGGAUAUUCAUCGUCAAUGUUGUAAACUUUAUGCACAGGCAAAUAUGCUUAAAAGAAGAUUUUUUAUGUGCUCCCCCCACCUUAAGACCUCGCUGUUUAACGCAUACUGCAUACCGUUUUACACUGCUCACCUGUGGUCAAGGUACACAGCUAAAUCCAUGCAGAGGCUAAAUGUAGCCUACAAUGAUGCCCUGAGGCUGUUACUGCGUGUGCCUAGAUGGUACAGCGCCAGUCAAUUAUUUGUUAGCUCUGGAUUACCCACCUUUAAAGCGCUUUUAAGAAAAUUGAUGUACAGCUUCAUGUGUCGGCUAAAUGAGUCUGGAAAUAAUAUUUUAAUGAAUUUAACAGACCCUACAAUGAGCUUUAGAUUUAGUUCGAGCCUGUGGCGCCAUUGGCACAAAAGCCUGUUUGUUGUGCACUGAUAGCCAGUGCUUCCUUGUUGUUCUGUUUUGUUUUCUUUUUUUCUUUCGAGUCACUUUAUUAUUAUGUCUCCGUAUGUACGGUAUUCUUUUUUCUCUUUGUUGGUGUGUGUGUGCUAUGGAGCCACUGUGAGAUUCCGGAAUAAAGAUCAUAUAUGAUAACCUAUAUAUUUGUGUGGUUUCAGUUAAAGCAGAUACUUUAUUUUCAUCUGUGUGAUUUUGACAAAGAUCAGAUCACAUUUGAUUGUUAUUAUAUGCAGAAAUGUAAGAAAUUCCAAAAGGUUCAGAUACUUUUUUUUAUACCACUGUGAUUCAAAUCAGUGAAUCUUUUUCUGCAUAAGUAAAAUUUGAAUAACACGGAAGCUGAUUAAUCUAUUUUAGCAAGGGUGGUACCAAGUUGUUCGGAAAAAUCAGCUCUAAACUGUUGAAAUUUCUUUGUCUAAUUUUAAAGGAUUUCCUUUAAAACUGAAUAAAGGAAUGCAUUUUGAGAGAAAACGCGUAAUAUAAUGAAAAUAUAAUCGCAAUAUACUGAUGAAGGGUCAAUAUUACUAUGAAGUGCCUUUAGUGUCAUUAGUAUCACCCAGUCAUCAUGGCAAUGUAGCAAAUAAUAAAACUAAGGUGUUUUAAGGGGCUAAACAUUUGAUGAUAGGUUUCUUCCAAUGUGUCAUAUACGAAAUGGUUGCUUAGCGGAAGAUUUACUUGAGACGGGCGCCCUGUGUGCUCGGCAUAGCAAAACAAGAGUCCAAUUUAUCUCAUACAGGUCUAUUUACAUUUCCAGGCAUUUACAGUCAGCAGCGAUAAAUAACUUUUACUCAUAACACGUGUCAAAAAAACAAAACGGAAAAUAAAAUCUGAACAUUGGCACCGGGUACAUCAACACAUACCACAGUGGCACAAAUUAAGAGAAAAAAAAAACCCUCUCUCUAUGCAACACCUCUGGAUUACCCUUGAUUAUAAAUUUUACAAACCUGACCCCAGGUCAACUGAGUCACAUGACACAUACAGCUCUCUAGUGGCAUAGAGCAAAAUGACAUGACACAAUGUACCGUAAUUUUUGGACUAUUAGCCGCUACUUUUUUCCUUCAUUUUGAAUUCUGCGGUUUAUAGUCCAGUGCGUCUUAUUUUUUAUUCAUUGGGGUUAAUAGGUAACACUUUAUUUGACAGCGGCGUCAUAAGAUAACAUCCAUAAUUAUGACAUGAAACUAUCAUGGGCAUUUCUGGAUGCUUAUGACAGAUGCCAUUAAGUGUCAUCCGGUAAUUUAUGUCACUAACUCAAUCUAUGUCCAGCUUGGAUCUUUUACAUCCAUUCAAAAGUGAGAUAAUUUCCUGGAUAACAUGACAUAAAUGACAUCUGUUACAAGCAUUCAUUAAUGCUCAUAACAGUGUCAUGUCAUAGUUAUGAUUGUCUAAUGAUAGUCUUAUGGCGCCACUGUCAAAUAAAGUGUUACCAAAUACCAUAACUAGCAAUUAAUAAAACUGGAGCAGUAACUUAAGAAAUAAUUAGCACAGAACAUGAAUUUUGAUUGUUAUUUACACCUAUAGCGCUGCAAUGCAUGCUAGGAGGCAUUUUGGACAACAACAGCGCUGACAGCAGGUGGCAGCAGAGGUUGACUGUCUCCCCCAAGGGAGUAGUGAUGGACAAAUGAAGUUUCUUGAAGCAAUGACGCUUUGCAGCCAAUUGGUUCAAAGCUUCAUGGUGGGUCAUUUGGUCUUAUGACAGUCUUAUGAUGCUGCUAAAGUGUUUCCGGUUAAUAUCUUUUGGUGUAAAUAUACCAUAAUAGUGAGGACAGCUGCGGCUUAUAGUCCAGUGUAGGGCUGUCCCAAACGACUAAUUUUCUCCCGAUUAGUCAGCCGACUAUUUUUACGAUUAGUCGACUAAUCUAAUAAUUUUUUUUUUUUUUUUUUUUACUAAUUUAGCAAUGAAAUUUUUGUUGACGCUUAUCAAUUCACAAAAAACAUAUUGGAACACUUAAAUGAUUUAUUAAAGUACAAAUAAAUACGUAAAUAACAAUAAUAAAUCACAAAUAAACCAUGAGUUCAAAUGCUGAUAGAAUUAACUAGUGUAGCAUCCUGAUUGAAAAGAUGGUCUCUUAAACUGAUGGUUUACAACUUUUAUUCCAUCCUUGAUGUAAACACACUGUAAGAGCUACGGUGCACACAAAUAAAACAACACAAUUAGAAAUUAACAAAAACUUUUUACCUUUUUCCUUUUAAACCUUAUUUAUAUAUCAAUGAAUUGCCUAUAUGAAUUGCCUUUACCUUAAUUUAUUACCUUAUCAUUGACAAUCUCUCCCUUGAGUGCAAUCACUGUAUAUACUGUAUAUAUUUAUGACCUUUUAACCUUAUAUAAUUUUCUAUACCAUAAAAUAAACCAUAACAUGAAAUAAACCUUUCAAUUAGCAUUAAGAACAAUACUAAUAGUACUUAUAGGCCCAUUGUCAAUGAAACAUUAUUGUUUAUCAAGGCGACAGCACCCUCUGGUGUACAAAAAAUGAAAAAAAAAAAAAAGACAAAAUGGGUGACGGCGCUUGAGGUGUUUAUUCACGGCCGACGUGCAGCCAAAGCAUUGAAGAGACAGGACAGAAGAGUGUACCCUCCUUUGUUUCUUUGAAAUAAGUCAAUGUUUUGGACACUCUGGUGCGCUAUUUUUGGCUUUGUGCUGCUUUCCCAGCUUGCAUACAGAGCAUCCGACAUUCUGAACUUACACGCAUAUUUUUUUAACCCUUCAUUAACCAUCGACGGGAUGUUGUGCUCGUCGACGGAUUUACGUCAUCGAUGACGUCGACUAUGUCGACUAGUCGGGACAGCUCUAGUCCAGUGCGGCUUAUCUAUGAAUAAAUGCCGUUUUCAUGCCAAAUUUGGUUGGUGGUGGCUUAUAUUCAGGUGCGCCUUAUAGUGCGAAAAUUACAGUAAUAUGGCUUAGACGUGUGCUAAAUGCUAAUACAAUUUGUGUAAUAAAUGGUUAGAUUUUGUGCACAAGAACUUACUAUAUUUGGUAAGAAAUGUCAUUUUUCUGAUCAUAUUUAAUCCUUUCAGAUAGUGGACACUGCAGUGGACAGCUAGUUUGUUAUUUCUGAUCAUACCUGUGGUUAUAGAGUUAUAAAAAAGCUUGAGAAAAGAAUCCGGAUUUAGGUUGUCAUAAUUUGUGCAUGAAUAUUUUGCAUGUGUCCCUCAAAUUGCUGGUCACCCUGUUAUUAAUUGUAAUUGCCCGUUAAAGGGCACCGGUCAUUGAAUUCUAUUUUCGAGUUUCUGAUAAAAAAAUAAGUAGUCAAAAUGAGUGUGAAUUGGCAGAAGUUCAUGUCAUCCAUGUGGUUUGUGAUUUGAUUGCGAUCACUUUUGCAAGUCAUAUCGCUCUGCAAACAAGCAGAUCUGAAAUCAGUGACUGUAUAGAUCCUAACAGAAGCGUUUAAAAUUUCCAUAUUUAAUAUUUAAAUUUGAUGCAGUAGGCCACAUAUAAUGAGAAUCCGGCUGUUUGUAGGGCCAAGUAAAAACUACUGCUACUUAUAAAAGGAUAUUAUGGGUAUUUUUUUUAACACAAAUAAUCUCUCAAACUAUAGGAGGUCUUCCAAAGUCGCGGAAAAUGAUAGGGGGAAGCGAUCUGUCACAUUUCAGGAGCCCUCAGAUGUUUUCAGUGAUAUUAUAUAAAGAGUGUUUUGACUUUCUUCAUUCGGGUUGUAGUUACAGAAUAUUUGUGAUGAAUAAUUCCAGUCUGUCAUAGUGAAAUAUUGACAUAAAGAGUAAAGACCUUUUAUGAAUUCAAAGACUGUAGUCAGGUUUGCUAGAAAUCCUGGGCAUGUCGUAACAGUCCCAAGAUUUGUUUACACCCUUUUAGGGGAAAAAAGCCAAAUGGUUUACCAGUGGGAACUCUAAUGUUUUUAACGGUGCCUAAUGGAGAUACCAACUCUGAAGUAAUAUUUUUAAUAAAUUCAAUUUUAGAAACAAUUACACUCUUGAAAUAUCCCUUUUAUCCUGUAAAUUUUACAAGAAACACUACCAGAAUGUCAAAUUGUUUGUAGAUGUGGGAAAGUUUGUCAGUGCGCCCCCUUUUCCAGAGUCAUCUGGGAUAUGCUACAGCACCCUGCGGCCUUCAUGAGGAUAAGCGAUACAUAAAAUGAAUGAUUGAACUUGCAUAAAGCUACAGAAAUAUAUGGAAGAGUGGUUGAUUGUAGUGUUUGUGAUGUGAGAUGUUUUUAUUGGCUUGUUUACGUCCACAAUUUUUGCUAUGCAUUUAACCCUGUUGAAUCCAUAAACUUUGGUGUGUUGUAAAGGAGACCAUCUUAAUGAAAUACUUUACAUUAUAUAUAUAAUGGCUAGGACACCUAGUUUUGAUAUUUAAAAUUCCUUAUUUUUUCCCUCAUAGUGUGUAGUAUGGAUUUUCAUACUCUAUGCAUCCAAAAUAUACAUUACCUCAUUAAAGAGAAAACAUUUGAAUAGUAAUGGCAUUGGCUGAGUAAUUUAAUAGAUUUAGACACCCCAGUUCAAAAAGACACAGAAAAAAAAGUCAAGUGUAGAUGUUUAAUUUUAUUAAAAAAAUAAAAUACAAAUGAUGACCCACACAUCACAGCAGACGUAUUACUUAAACCCCAGAAAGCAAUAUUAUCCUUUAGUCAGUGCUUUUCUACCCCCUUUUUCACUUUUUUGAGGGGGUGGGGCAGAAAGCAACAUAAAAAGGUCUUUAAAGAGAAACAAAACCAAUCCAACCACUGCGCCUCUAUUAAAUCCAUUUCUAUCUUCCAUGGAGAGCUUCCAUUAUGCACUAUACAAAACUGUAUGUCUAAGUAUGAAAGGCAGCAGUUAAAUAUUCUGUGAAUAUGUUUAAAUAUGGAAAAAGAAAGUCACUGUUUAAACGCAAUAAUAUACCAAAGGGAUGGACGGAACAAUAAUAAACCCACCGAAAUAUCAAUCCAAUGUAAACCACAAUUUACCGGUACAUCUUCCUAGCAACUUAAUUAUGUUAGUGGUUGAGAGAAGCAAGGUUAACUGUUAUUUUCUCCAACUGAGGGGAGUAAAUGCACAUGAUCUGAAAACAAUUACUAAAGACCCUCUGUUUAAAUACGUACAUUGUUGCUGUAGCAUUGUUUGGGGGGGAAAAAAACUAAUAGAACACAAAGAUUACAGUACGGUGCAGUGCCACAGUACUGAGAGUUAUAUUGCUAGUACUGGUGCCCACUUGACAGGAAGUGGGGGGCAGCAUAAAACAGUUGUUUUUUUUUUUCUUUUUU